GUUUGAGUCGGCGCGGAGCGUAGUUCUGUGUUUGUUCCUAAUUUUGGUUUUUGUUGUUACGUUUAUACUUUUUUAAUUAUAAUAAAAUUAAGAAUUGUUUAUUUAAAACAAAUUGGAUUAUAAUAAAACUAAACUAAUAACUAGUACAGAAUAAAUAUCUUAUGAGUUUAUAUAAAUGAAAAAAUAUUUCGUAUACCUACUAUUUACUUGAUGCUAAACUAGUAUUGAUUCUGGUAACAUUACAAAAUAAAGUGUAGAAAUUGUAUGUUCUCAAUGAAAAUGGUGGUGAUGUAUAAGCUGAGAAUUCAAAAACUUAAAGUGGAUUGAGUCGGCGCAGAGUGAAGUCGUAGCGUAGAGUUGAGUGUUUGCGGUUCUUAAUACAGAAAGUAAAUGGAAGUGUCUUCAAUUAAAAAUAAAAUCCAUUACUAUGUUAAGCCGCAGAAAAUAAUCAUUGUUAAAUAGAAAAUUAACGAAAAUGAAUAUUGAAUAUGUUAUAUUAAAUGGUGUACUUUUCAUUAAUUAAUGUGUGCCUUUAAAUGUAUUGUAAAUAUAAGUGCUUACCAUCUUUAACAUCUGAAAUUUAUACUUGUUUGUAUAUGGGCAAUAUGUAUACGAAGUUUUAGUGCAAUUUAUUCAAGUGAAAUAUAUAAACUUCAAACAACAUUUUAAUAAAUUCCAGGUUCAGAAAGAAAUUGAACUGGAUAAAUAAUGUGGCUUUUACUUUUAUUUAACAGUGGAUACGUCAAGUCUGACGUAUUUAGAAUUAAAAUAUUGUUUAUAACUUUAAUAUUCGGAUUAAUAAAUUUAUCUCAAUCAGCAGCUGGAACUUGUUUGCAAGUUGGAUGUAAAAAUGGAGGAACCUGUAUAAAAAAGAGUAACGGAUUAUCAUAUUGCAAUUGCAGUUCAAGAUUCGUUGGAGAUUAUUGCGAAGAUCCAAAUCCCUGCUUUACAGGCCACCUUCGUUGCCAGAACAGUGGAACGUGCCAACCUUCAUAUCGGAACGAUCGUCUAGGUAUAUCCUGCAUUUGUCCAAUUGGUUUUACGGAAUCACUGUGUGAAAUAAAAGUUCCUAACGCUUGCGAUUCUUCUCCAUGUCACAAUGGAGGGACGUGCAAUUUAAAAACUCUUGAAGAGUAUUCUUGUUCUUGUUCAAAUGGUUAUACAGGCGAACAUUGCGAAGUACAAAAUCUAUGUGCCACCCAACCGUGUCGUAAUGGAGCUACGUGCACUUCUUCAGGGAAAGGCAGUAGUUUUAAAUGCUUAUGCCCAAAAGGUUUUAAAGGCCAUACCUGCUCUGAAGAUAUUGAGGAAUGCAAAGCAAACCCUUGCAAGCAUGGAGGAACUUGCUUAAACACUCAUGGAUCUUAUCAGUGUAUGUGCCCUAGCGGAUACACUGGCAAAAAUUGUGAAUCAAAAUAUAUUCCUUGUACGCCUUCACCGUGUCUAAACGGAGGUUCAUGUUUAUCUAGUAAUUCCCUUAAAUAUGAAUGUAAAUGUCCGUCUGGUUAUCAAGGAAAGAAUUGUGAAGAAAAUAUUGAUGAUUGUCCAGGAAAUUUAUGUCAAAAUGGUGGCACUUGUGUUGACGGAAUCAAUUCUUAUCGUUGCAGUUGCCCAGCACAGUUUACAGGCGAAUUAUGCGAAACCGAUGUAGAUGAAUGUGCUUUAAGGCCAUCAGUUUGUCAAAAUGGUGCAACUUGUACUAACACUUACGGAUCGUAUUCUUGCAUAUGCGUAAAUGGUUGGGAAGGUACAGAUUGUAGUAAGAAUAUUGAUGAUUGUGUUGCCGCCGCCUGUUUUAAUGGAGCUACUUGUAUUGAUGGGGUUGGUUCAUUUUAUUGUCGCUGUACACCUGGAAAAACUGGUUUAUUGUGCCACUUAGAUGAUGCAUGCACUUCUAAUCCAUGUCAUUCUGAUGCUAUUUGUGAUACGAGCCCAAUAAAUGGUUCAUAUACGUGCUCAUGUGCAACAGGAUUUAAGGGAGUAGAUUGUUCUGAAGAUAUUGAUGAGUGUGAUCAGGGUUCACCCUGCGAACACAAUGGUGUAUGUGUUAAUACUCCAGGUUCAUUUAUGUGUAACUGUUCGCAAGGUUUCACUGGUCCACGAUGUGAAACCAACAUAAAUGAAUGUGAAUCACACCCGUGCCAAAAUGAAGGAAGUUGUUUAGAUGACCCAGGAACUUUUCGAUGUGUUUGUAUGCCUGGUUUCACUGGCACGCAAUGUGAAAUUGAUAUCAAUGAAUGUCAAUCCUCUCCCUGCUUAAAUGAUGGUAAUUGUCGUGACAUGAUUAACGGUUUUAAAUGUUCUUGUGCACUUGGUUUUACUGGACCACGUUGUCAAAUAAAUAUCGAUGAUUGUCAAUCUCAACCAUGUCGAAACAAUGGCAUUUGUCGUGACUCUAUUGCGGGAUAUACAUGCAAUUGUCCACCCGGCUAUACAGGACUAUCAUGUGAAAUAAAUAUCAAUGAUUGCGACUCUAAUCCAUGUCACCGUGGAAAAUGCAUCGAUGGAGACAAUUCUUUUGAAUGUGUUUGUGAUCCAGGUUAUACAGGCUAUCUUUGUCAAACUCAAAUAAAUGAAUGUGAAUCGAAUCCUUGUCAGUACGGUGGACAUUGCAUAGAUCGCAUAGGAUCGUAUAUAUGUCAGUGUUUGGCUGGUACAUCCGGUAAAAACUGUGAAAUAAAUGUAAAUGAAUGUCAUAGCAAUCCUUGCAACAAUGGAGCUACUUGUAUUGACGGGAUCAAUAUGUACACUUGUAACUGUGUUCCCGGAUUUACAGGAGUACAUUGCGAAAUUAAUAUAAAUGAAUGUGCUUCGAACCCGUGUGCUAACAGUGGCGUGUGUAUGGAUUUGGUAAACGGAUAUAAAUGCGAGUGUCCACGUGGCUUCUUUGAUCCAAGAUGUUUAAGUGAUGUUGAUGAGUGUGCAUCGAAUCCAUGCACAAACGAUGGAAGAUGUGAAGACGGCGUAAAUGAAUUUAUAUGUUAUUGUCCGCCUGGCUAUACUGGUAAGCGAUGCGAAAUUGAUAUUGACGAAUGUAGUUCAAACCCUUGCCAACAUGGUGGACUUUGUAUUGAUGAAUUAAACUACUUUAAGUGCCAAUGUAUGCCUGGUUAUACAGGAUAUAAGUGUGAAACUAACAUUGAUGACUGCGUUAAUAUGCCCUGUGCAAAUGGUGGCACCUGUAUUGAUAAAGUAAAUGGCUAUAAAUGUGUAUGUAAAGUUCCAUUUACAGGUUUGGAUUGCGAAUCGAAGCUUGAUCCUUGUUCCACAAAUAGGUGUCGCAAUGACGCAAAAUGUACACCAUCAACAAAUUUUUUGGAUUUUUCAUGCACUUGUAAAUUAGGUUAUACUGGUCGUUAUUGUGAUGAAGAUAUAGACGAAUGUAAGUUAUCUUCACCGUGUCGUAACGGAGCUACUUGUCGUAACGUGCCAGGCUCAUAUAAAUGUUUAUGUGCUAAAGGAUAUGAAGGCCGAGACUGUGCUAUCAAUACAGAUGAUUGUGCUUCAUUUCCCUGUCAAAAUGGUGGAACCUGUGUUGAUGGUAUUGGAGACUACUCUUGCCUAUGCGUUGAUGGAUUCGAUGGAAAACAUUGUGAAACAGACAUAAACGAAUGUUUAAGUAUGCCAUGUCAAAAUGGUGCAACAUGUCGACAAUAUGUGAAUUCAUACACUUGCACUUGUCCACUGGGAUUUUCUGGUAUUAAUUGUCAAACAAAUGACGAGGAUUGUACUGAGACAUCUUGCAUUAAUGGAGGAACUUGUGUAGAUGGAAUAAAUAGUUAUAAUUGUUCUUGCUUGACCGGAUAUAUGGGAUCGAAUUGUCAGUAUAAAAUUAAUAAAUGUGAUUCCCAACCGUGCAAAAAUGGAGCUACUUGCCAUGGAAAUGGGGAAGAAUAUACAUGUCAUUGCUCUUAUGGAUUUAUUGGUAAACAAUGCACAGAGUAUGUGGAGUGGUGUCCUGAAACGCCUUGUGAAAAUGGUGCGACAUGUACUCAAAUAAAGAAUCAAUACAGUUGCAAAUGCAGUACUGGUUGGACAGGUAAACUCUGCGAUGUAGAAAUGGUUUCAUGUAAAGAUGCCGCUACUAGAAAAGGAAUAAGUCUUAAAUGUCUCUGUAAUAAUGGAACUUGUAAAGAAAUUGGAACAAUUCACCAUUGCAACUGUAAACAGGGUUUUACAGGAAGCUAUUGUCAAAAAGAGAUAAAUGAAUGCGAAUCUCAACCUUGUCAAAAUGGUGGAAGUUGUCGGGAUCUGAUAGGUACUUAUCAAUGUAUUUGUCGAAAAGGCUUCCAAGGCCAGAAUUGUGAACUUAAUAUUGAUGAUUGCUUGCCAAAUCCGUGCCAAAAUGGUGGUACUUGCCAUGACCUUGUUGAUUCGUUUCGAUGUUCGUGUCCUCCAGGGACUCUUGGUAUUAUUUGUGAUAUUAACCAGGACGAUUGUAUAUUUGGUGCAUGUCAUAACAAUGGUACUUGUAUUGAUCGCGUUGGGGGCUUUGAAUGUGCUUGUCCUCCAGGAUUUGUAGGGUCUCGAUGUGAAGGCGAUAUUAAUGAAUGUCUUUCAAAUCCAUGUUCAAACGCUGGGACAUUAGAUUGUGUACAAUUAGUGAACAAUUAUCACUGUAACUGCAAACCAGGUUACAUGGGACGACACUGUGAGAAUAAAGUUGAUUUUUGUGCUAAUUCUCCGUGUCAAAAUGGUGGCAUUUGUUCUACUAGACAAAGCGGUCAUCAUUGUCUCUGUUCGGAUGGCUUUUACGGAAAGAAUUGUGAACUCUCCGGCCAUGAUUGUAUAUCUAAUUCAUGCCAAUCGGGAAUUUGCGAAAUUGAUGAAAGCGAUGGAGAACAUCAUUGUGUAUGUCCUAAAGGAACAGCUGGAGUUCAUUGUGAAAUUGAUACAAUAGAUGAAUGCGCUCCAAAUCCAUGUUUGCAAGGAGCUGCUUGUGAUAACUUACUUGGUGAUUUUGAUUGUUUUUGUCCCACAAAAUGGAGGGGUAAGCGUUGCGAAAUUUUUGAUCCCAAUUAUAUGGGAUGGAUAUCUGACACGUCACGUGGAAAUUUAAACAAAUACACUAAAGAUCUUGAAUAUCAACGUGAAAUGUGCGUUAAGAGUAGUUGUGAGCAAAAAAAAUUAAACUUUAUAUGUGAUCCAGAAUGCAACACAUACGCUUGUAAUUUUGAUGGACACGAUUGUUCGCUUGGUAUCAAUCCUUGGGUGAAUUGUACCGCAACUAUAGAAUGUUGGCGAGUUUUUUUAGAUGGAAAUUGUAACGAAGAAUGUAAUAACGCUGCUUGUUUAUAUGAUGGUAGAGAUUGUGACAAAAAACUACAGCCAUGUAAUCCCAGUUUUGAUGGAUAUUGCCAAAAACACUAUGCUAAUGGGUUUUGUGAUUAUGGAUGCAAUAAUGCAGAAUGUAAUUGGGAUGGGCUAGAUUGUGAGACAGAAAAACCCAAUUUAGCGGAUGGUGCUAUUUCCGUUGUAAUGCUUAUGAGUAAAAAGCAAUUUCAAGAAGCACAGGUUGAGUUUUUGCGAGAAAUGGGACAUGUUUUACGAACAACAGUUCGUGUAAAAAAGGACUCAAUGGGAAACGAUAUGAUAUUCAUUUGGAAAGGAACAACUCUAAUAACUGAUUUUGAAAACACCGAAUUUGGACGAAAACAUAAAAUUAUUUUCACGGAGCGGAAUGAUCAAAAUGGAAUUCAGAUAUAUUUAGAGAUUGAUAAUAGAAAAUGUAGAGACUGUUUUAAUCGUGCUACUGAAGCGGCAGAAUUUUUGGCAGCUACUGCUUCAAAAUAUACACUAUCAAGGAAAUUCCCCAUUUUUAGUGUACAAGGUGUGCAAAAUCCUGGAGAAGACGUCGAUGAAACACCCACCAAUGUUAAAUACGUAACAUUGGGUAUUGUUUUAGUCGUACUAGCAUUUGCACUAUUUGGAGUAUUAGUUACAACACAACGUAAGCGAGCACAUGGUGUUACUUGGUUUCCUGAAGGCUUUCGUGCACCUGCAAAUGCUAUCAAUCGGCAACGAAGACGUAGAGAUCAUAGUGGACAAGAAAUGCGAAAUUUGAAUAAAAACCAAUCAAUAGUUUGUAUGAGUAAUGAUGUAAAUAUGAAUUCGGGACAUAUAGGUCAUGCAGCGCAUUGGUCUGACGACGAAUCAGAUAUCCCUCAACCUAAAAGAACACGAAAUGAUAUCACCGGCUAUUCAAGUGAUCAUACAAUUGUAACAGAUUAUGAGGAAGCAGAUCCACGAGUUUGGUCCCAAGCACAUGUAGAUGUAGCGGAUGUUCGAUCCUCUAUUAUGACUCCUCCAGCACACCAGGAUGGUAAACAUGAUGUGGAUAUUCGUGGUCCUUGUGGUAUGACACCCUUAAUGGUGGCUGCAGUUCGUGGUGGUAGCAUUGACACUGGUGAUGAUAUUGAAAAUUCCGAUGAUGCAACAGCUCAAGUAAUAUCUGAUUUACUAGCACAAGGAGCUGAACUAAACGCUACAAUGGAUUAAACGGGAGAAACUUCAUUACAUUUAGCAGCCAGAUAUGCACGAGCAGAUGCAGCUAAACGACUGUUAGAUGCUGGAGCAGAUGCAAAUUGCCAAGAUAAUACAGGACGUACGCCAUUACAUGCUGCUGUAGCAGCAGACGCAAUGGGUGUUUUCCAAAUAUUAUUACGUAAUCGAGCUACUAACUUAAAUGCUCGCAUGCAUGAUGGAACUACACCAUUAAUUUUAGCUGCUCGUCUUGCAAUUGAAGGAAUGGUUGAAGACUUAAUUACUGCCGAUGCAGAUAUAAAUGCAGCUGAUAAUUCUGGAAAAACUGCCCUACAUUGGGCAGCUGCUGUAAAUAAUACAGAAGCAGUAAAUAUUUUAUUAAUGCACCAUGCCAAUCGCGAUGCUCAAGACGAUAAAGACGAAACACCCAUUUUUCUUGCGGCUCGUGAAGGAUCAUAUGAAGCUUGUAAAGCUCUUUUAGACAACUUUGCAAAUCGGGAAAUAACUGAUCACAUGGAUCGCUUGCCACGUGAUGUUGCAUCUGAACGAUUACACCAUGAUAUAGUACGUCUAUUAGAUGAACAUAUUCCACGUUCUCCUCAAAUGAUAAUGACACCACAAACAUCAAUUGGGUCUCCUUCACAAAGUGGUCAACCUCAAAUGAUUACACAACCUACAGUGAUUACCACUGGUAAACAGUCAUCACAAGGACCUAAAAAUAAGGCAUCUAAAAAAUCUAAAAUUCUUGAAGGUAGUCCAGAUACUGGUAUGGAUACAGGUAGUUUACGACGAAAAACUAACUCAAAAAAGGGAAUGAACACAACUUCAAAAAAGGGAGUAAACGGACUUGUAGCAGCACAACUACUAAAUGGUUUAACUAGUGGUCACACGGGUUCGGGACUCCACAAUACAGUGGACAAACAAAUUUUAGAUGGUGGAAUAAAUUCUAUCGAGUCACCACCACCGACAGCACUAACAAAUUUAUCGAGUCCAUAUGACACAUCUUCAGUUUAUUCAAAUGCGAUAUCGGCUCCACAUCAUCAUAAAGAUCUUUUAAUUAAUAACAAAAAUAAACAACCUCCUAGCUACGAAGAUUGCAUUAAACAUGCACAAUCUAUUCAAUCGAUACCACAUCAGAAUAAUAUUGAUUUGAUAAAAAUGGAUAAUUAUGGAUUCUCUAUGAACGCUGCAUUUCAUGCCGAAAUUCUAGGUAAUCAGGGUGUCAAUCCGCUUUGUAUAACUGGUCGAAAUGUACUGGGAAAUAAUGAUCAGGCUUUAAGUCCACCAUAUUCCAAUCAAUCGCCACCACAUUCAGUACAAAGUAAUGUUGCUCUAUCACCACAAGCCUAUUUAGGUUCCCCUUCACCAGCAAAAACACGACCGAGCUUACCAACAUCUCCUACACACAUUCAAGCUAUGCGUCAUGCUACGCAUCAGAAACAAUUUGGUAGUAAUUCAAGCAAUAUGCUUGCAAAUUGCGCAUUAACUAACACAAAUCCAUCUCUAUGCAAUGUAGCUACAACUUCUAAUAAUUUAUGUUUUCAAUCAAAUGGAAACCAAAAUAAUUCGCAACAAACUUCACCAAUUAGUUUAGGUAUAAUAUCACCAACUGGUAGCGACGUUGGUAUUUUGAUGUCUUCUCAGCAGCCGCAACAAUCAAUAAUGCAACAAUGUAACACAAAAAAUAAUGCAACUAUUCAGCAAUUGGGCAAUAUUGAACAUAAUUCAGCAGGACUGGAUAUUAAUAGUCUAUGUGGAUCUCCUGAUUCCUUUCAUUCUGGACAAAUAAAUCCACCCUCUAUUCAAAGUUCUUUGGCAGGGUCGUCACCUUCUUCAAAUAUCCUUUCACCAACUUCUCAAAAUAAUCAAUCAUUUUAUCAAUAUUUAACUCCGCCUAGCCAACAUUCUGGUAGUCAUACUCCUCAACAUUUGGUUCAGACACUUGAUAGUUACCCUACUCCUUCGCCAGAAUCACCAGGUCAUUGGUCGAGCUCAUCUCCGCGAUCUACAUCUGACUGGUCAGAAGGUGUUCAAUCUCCAGCAGCAAAUAAUAUAUACAUAUCUGGUGGACAUCAAGCCAACAAGGGGUCAGAAGCAAUAUAUAUAUGACAAUGAGUAGCAUUAUAAAUGUAAAUUUGUUUUCGCAUAAUUUUAAUUCAUUAGGAAUUAAAUUGUUUUUCAGUAACUGUAAAUUUAGCAUUGUAAUAACUUUUUUUAUAUGUUCUCAACAUAAUAUCUGUAUUUUUAUAAAAGUUAAAGAUGUUAUAUUUUUAUA